ACGACCAUUGAUAACUAUAGUGGGGUGGAUUUGACACUUUGGAAAAGAUCAGGGCACCCUGUGUGCAGGCCUUAUAGAGACAGUUACACCCCUCGCAGAGCCCGAAAGAGAGUUCAUGGAUGCUGCAGCACUUUCUCAAGGCUCCUUUGGUACUGACUUUCUGAAGGCACCCAUCUCUGUAGCCAUGAGCCAAGGAUCCCAGCAGGACCUCCUCCUAGCUACCCUGGGUAGCCUGCUAGUGUGGACAGACUCUUACUUCAUCUUACACGCCCUCAAUCGGAAACGCUCUGCCGAAUGGAACUGUCGGAUUAUCACCACCGUACAUGCUCUUCUAGCGUCUGGUCUCUGCUUUACAUCUGCUAUCAUUACAGGCCCGUGGCCGUUCACUUAUCUCGGUGAAGCCAACACGAAUCUACACAAUAUUGCCGUGGUCAUCACCCUGGGCUACUUCCUCUUUGAUUUCAGCUGGUGUGUGAUCAUGAGGACGGAAGGGCCUGUCAUGCUGGCCCACCACGCCGUGUCGAUAUUUGCACUCGUUUAUUCGCUCUACCAUGGAAAGUUUGGCUCAGAGGUUACAGCUGUCAUGGGUGCCAGUGAGUUCACCAAUCCUCUCCUGCAGUUACGCUGGUUUAUGAGACAGACUGGACAGUAUAACGGGCGGAAAGCAUUUUGGGUGGAUUUGUUGUUCAUGAUAACGUUUGUUGGUGCCCGGUUAGGAGCCGGUAGUGUGUAUCAUUAUGUGUGCCAGACCUCACCCAAGAUCUAUCUUGCAGCAAAGGCUGGUGGACAAGUUUUCUAUAUUAUCAGUGUGGUGUUUGGAGUUCAAGUGCUCAUGUUCUUUUACAAGAAAUACCUGAGAAAGAGGAGAACAAUGUAAUAGUGACUGUGAUUUAUUGAGCUUUCUUUUUUUAUCACAUGCAUGUUUGCAUUGUUUUCUUAUCACGUUUUCUUAUCCUG